AUGCGACAGCCUUGGCGUGCAGUGUGGCCUUGGCGUGAACAGUGGCGUCGAAGCGGAGGCCAACAACAGCUGCGUGGACGCAAGGUCUACUGCCAGGAGUGCUGCAAGUGGCUGUUCGCAGAUCGUUUGGAAGCAGAGAGCUACACGUGCAAGCGCGCUUCGUGCAGCUGGGGGGCGGAGCCACCUGAAGGAGCGGGACCACCAGGAGGAUGGGAUCGCGACGGAGGGUGCUGGCCAAUUCUCAGCGCAGGCGCAGGCACCAAGAACAAUAAGGCCACGAGCGUCGGGGCCCGAACUGCGGACGGACAGCGGCCGUUGGCAGAGCUCUCCCUACAGCAACUACUCGAAGCAGCAGCGGCCAAGACGGAGGGGAAGCAGAAGGAGAGGCUCGACGCGCUGCUGGCGGAGGCGGUUCUCGAGCCGCGCUUCGGGCUGGUGAGGACAGAGCUCAGAAGGCCCAGGCUGCGCAGACAAAGGCCUUCCGACGGCGGGAACGUCUCCGAGAUGAGCUACGGCAAGCCUAAGCUGAUCUGGCCGCCCGCAGUGCAGAGGUGGCAGCAGCGGAAGACGAAGUCAAAGCGGAACUUCAGCGACAUCCUCUCGGCGGUGCUGCAGCCGCCGAUGCAGGAGGUCGAGGUGGACAUGGGCAACCUCUUCGAGUGCAGCGGCGACAUCAGCGAGUCCGACAAGAGGGAGAUCGAGCAGCGCAAGCUCGCCUUCGUCAGCGCGGCGAAGGGCGCGGCCCGCGCUGCCUUUGCAGCGGCAGCAGAGAAGCUCAGGAGUUGGCAGGCAAGGAGGUUGCAGAGAAGAGGGCCUUGGCAGAAGCAGUGGCUGCUGCUCGUGAGCGCUCCAAGGUCGGCGGCGCCAAGCAGUGGCUUUAGCCAUAGCGUCUACAUGCACAACCUCUCGACGUGGGGGCCGAGGCUGAGGAAGCGCAUCAGCAGCAGCACGGACGACAUCUUCAUCUUCCCUGAGACGCACGUCGGGGCGGGCGGGAUUAACGAGAUCCUGGGCCACCUGGACGGCAAGGGCUGGAAGGCGAUAGUGACGCCUUCACGACGGAGCAGCAGAGCGGGCCAGGCAGGCGGCACCAGCAUGGCGGCGAAGGCGCACCUCUCUGUGCAGUCGCUGCGGCACCUCGCGGCGAAGAAGGAGCAGGCGUUCGGGCUUCGCCUGGUCGACGCCGACUGGUCGCCAGGGCCGAUCGAUUUCCAGGACAUGGUGGCGAUCACGUGGCGGUGGAAGGGUCACUCGGUCCUCGUGGUCGGCAUCUACCUCACAUCGUCGCUCGGAGUGAAGGGCGAGAAUCAGAUGAAGUUGGCAAGGUUAGCAGCGCCGGUCCGUGGUCACGACGGACCGUGGGUGGCGGCUGGCGACUGGAACGCGGAGCCGAGCGAGAUCAAGCAAGCAGGCUGGCUCAAGGUGCUCGGCGGAGUGGCGCGCGCGCCAGAGGACGUGCAGUACACAUGCACACGAAGCACAGCAAGGAUGCUCGACUACGCGAUCUGCUCGGAGUCGUUCCAGCGCAUGAUCGCGAGAGUGGUCAGUGACCAGGCGGGCCCGGGCGAUCACUACGGGGUUAGGAUCCACAUCCGGGGAGAGACCGAGUCGGAGAACGCAGUGGAGGUCGAGAACUUCGUGGCCGUUCGCUGCUCGGACGUCCCUGUCGAGUGCAGGAGGGUCGACCAGGAGAUGGGGGAUCUCUUCGGCGGCUACGAGUCCAGCGCGGAGGACGACGAGGUCAGCGAGCACGGCGAGAAGAAGGUCGAGACGGAGACCAAGCAGAGCGCAGACGAGGUGUUCGACAUUCCUGAGAACCAGAGGGACGAGAUCUGGCAGCUCAAGAUCGGCCAGGCUUGCGGGGAGGGCCGUCGUGCCUGGCGCACCCCGCCAAGCUGCAUCGCGGACUCGGCGGCGUACCAGUUCGACCCCUUCGGUGCCGAGGAGCUGGGCGCGCAGUUCGGAGCGUGGGCGCACGCGACGGAGCAGUGCUACUUGGGCAUGCUGAAGAUCGAGCCCACCGAGAGGCGCAAGCACGCUGGGAGAGGUGAGGCAGUGAGCUUCGCCUCGAGAGUCAAGCGGAUGAGCGACAACGUGGCCAGCGACGCAGACAGCACCAUCACGUGGUGGGGGACCUUGGCUUCCUACUUGGUCGAGCUGCAGCGCUGCCAUGAUCAGGGUCAGCGUAGUCAACACCUGCGGCGCCGCAUUCGAGAGAUGAGCAGCUCCAUGCCGAGCGGGGGAGUGGUCAAGAUGACGAGCAAGCAGAAGAGGAAGUGGCGCACCGCCCUGGCCAAGGCGCACAGCUUGGGCACCGAGCAGCUCCAGGCUCUCGGCGCGGCAGCUCUCACCGCAGCCAGGAAGGGCAAGCGCGUGGAGGUGAACGAGGCGCUCAUCGCGCACACCAACUGGGUGCAGGCGCAGGGGGCGGUGGGCAGUGGCAAGCUCCACCGGCGCACGCGGGGCAAGCCCAGGUGCGACAACGAGGUCAGGGCCAGCGACUGGACGGCCUCCAACAUGGUCGAGUACAUGGACGCCAAGGGCGCGCAGUGGAGGAAGAAGUGGACCAGCAGCUACGCUCGCGCCGUCGUGCUGGAGAAGUUGGAGGUCACCAGGGCAGCGGCCGUGGAGGAAGACUGGGCCCCCAUCACCUUGGAGAGCCUCAACAGCGCGAUCCACAGCAUGGGCAAGAGCAAGGCGAAGGGCAUCGAGCAGAUGGGGGCCCUCGCCUACAAGUGGCUCCCGCCCAGCGCCAGGGUGGAGCUGCUCAACGCAACAUUCUCAUUCAGGAGCCAGUGCACGAACGAGUGGGCGUCGCACAUGGCAGGGAAGUGGGGCGCCGCGGUCGCGGGCAACAGCGCCCUGAAGGAGGCCCUCGUCCGCUCUUUCGCCGACGAGGUGCUGGAGUGGGCACCCAUGAAGGUCUUCGCGGCGACUGCGUUGUGGGACCUAGCGGAGUUCUACGACACCUUGGAGCCGCUCCUCAUCCUGGAGGAAGGGCUCCGCCUCGGCCUCCCAGCGCGCAUUUUGCACCUGGAGAUGCUGAGCCAUCUGAGCACGGGGCUAGUGCGAGAGCGGACGGCCUACGCAGGGCCGAUCUCGCCCGACAGGUCUAUCUGCGCGGGCGCCAGGCGUGGCAUCGACUUCGGCAGGGUGGCGCUCUGCGCCACGCUGGAGCAGGCCUGCGCGAAGUACCAGCAGGUGCACGUCCGCUCGUGGGCGGGCGACGUCACCACCAGGAUGGAGGGGUCCAGGCGCGAGGUGAUCAAGCAGCCCACGGGCGCUGGAGUGGACUUCGCCGCAGGGGCCAGGAGGGCCAGGCUCACCCUUUCGAGCAAGUCUACCCUGAUCGGCAACGACAUGGACGUGGUCAAGGAGGUUGCGCUCAGGCUGAGGAGUCGCAACAUCGCGGUCAAGGUGAAGGGCCAGGCGCCAGACCUGGGCACCGACAGGGGCCGCAGCAUUGGAGGAGGCAAGGGCAAACGCGCGAAGCGAGCCGCCCAUGCCGACCGCCAGGUGGCCAAGGCGCUGAAGAUGCACGCGCUGGACGACGACGUGGACCUCAGCGACCUGAAGGCGGCGAUCAAGAGCACGAUCGGGGUGAAGCAGUGGGCGAGGGCUGCGCAGCAUUUUGCAGGCGGCGGCCUAGAGGGAGGAGCAGACCUCCGCUCAGCGAAGAUGAAGAUAGGCAAGCUCCGCAGGAAGGGCCAGUGCGACAAAGUGGGCGCGUUCCUCGCGAUCAUGACUGGAGCAGUGUGGCCGAGGCAGCGCGUGGCGGACCUCGGCAUCGAGAUCGAGGACGUCAUGUGCCCCGGGCGCGGUGAGGUGCCAGAGACGUGGAAGCAUCGCAUGUGGGACUGCAGGUGCAACGAGACCAUCGAGGGCAUCGAGAAGUCGCAGCACUUAGUGGUGAGGGCGUCCACGGAGGUCGAGAACCAGCCGUGCCUGUGGCUAAGAGGCCUGAUACCAGCGAGCUGGACUUCGGUCAGCGGCCCGCCCGAGCCUGGGACAGAGCUGAUUGAGAGCUUCGGUGACUUGCAGGUCCUGUCCAGCAGCACGGAGUGCAUGACGGGCGGAUGGCUCAUCGCGGCUGGUGGUGCGUCAGGCGGCGAGUACACGCUGGACCCAAGGCUGAGGAAGGUGUCCUGGGGCUGGGUGGUCUUCGACAGCGUGGACCCACCGGUGGCGAAGGUGGUCGUGGGCAGUCGCGGCGCUCUCGCGGGUUGGAGGCAGAGCGUCAACCGCGGGGAGCUCAUGGCGCUGAAGGACGUGAGCAUCGCAGCUGGCAGGCACUACGACAAGAUCAGGUAUACUGCCGACUCGUCGUACGUGGUCAGGGGCAUGGGCAAGCUUCGCGGAGGUUGGAUGCCCAAGACCCACGUCGACCUGUGGAAGGAGGUCAAGCAGGGCAUCAUCGGCAAGCAGGUCGAGAUCAUCAAGGUGGAGAGUCACAUGUCGGCCCAGGAGGCGCUGGACGCAGAGGUCAACCCGAUCGACUGGCUAGGCAACGUCCUGGCGGACGACUUCGUGGACGGCAUCGCGGAGGCGGCGCAGGUGCCGCGCGCGCAGGCGCGGUCGGUGGGCUUCGCGGAGGGCGCCGCAGGGCUUGUCAGGGACCGUGCCUACCUGACGCCCAUGGCUUCCAUCGAGGCGGAGCCGUCGCAGGUCCCGAGCUUGAAGAUCAGGCAGGAGGCCCACGUCAAGGCAUGCAGGCGAGCCGCGCUGCUGGAGGGCACCAAGCACAACGUCACCCACGACGUGAGCGGCAAACACUACAGGUGCCUGAGGUGCGGGUCCCGCGCGCUGAUGUCCUCGGCGGACGCGUGGCUGGCGGGCGAGUGCGUCGCCGUUCAGAAGGCGGACGCUGUCCACGGCUCGCUGAGGAGCAGGCCGAGGAUCGCGAACCAGGAGGCCCACGAGAGCCACAUCGUGCUGUACGUGGAGGAGCUCGGCCUGCACUACUGCAAGAAGUGCGGCUGCAUCGCGAGGGAGAGCAUGAGGAAGCUCGUGCAGGUCUGCGAGGAGACCCCUGGCCAGAUGGGGAAGCAGAACCUCUUGAGGAUCGCGAAGGGCCUGCAGCCAGGCACCAGCGCGAUGGCGCUGGCGUGCAACAAGAAGAAGAAGAAGAGCGGAGGGAGCUGA